UCAGUGCAGGGCCAAAUGUUAGAGAGUAAAGACUCAUCUCCAGCUCCAGUUAGUCAAAGUGUCGCCCAGGAGAUAGUGGAGACUAAGCAAUUGGUUGAAGGAAGCUCUAAAUCAAAAAGGAAGAAAAAGAAAUCCCCUGGAGAGACAUCGAAGUCCCCUGAGGAGGAGGUAGCAGAAAUUGCCCUCCAGCCCACACCACUGCUUCACUACGAGCCAGUAAAAGUGAGCACCAGUUUUAAGACUAAGGGAGCAUCAGCUGUUGACAAAAACAAGACUCAGGCUGAAAUCCAUUUUGAUGUGGGAGAUAUAAAGAAAGUCCCUAAAGAGAUUGAAGUGACGCCAAAAAUGGAAGUCCCGAAGCAAACUCAGGACAAGAGUGAUUCUAAAGUUGAAACACUUCUACUAGAACAUAUCCCUGUAGGACCCCAAGUAGAGCUGUCAGAUAAUGCAACAGUGAAAAAACAGGCAGAGGAAAGCAGUGUUAAAAAGGAAACACAGGGACAAUUAUCCUCAAUGGACAAAUCUAACGUUAAAUUGGCCCACGAGGGGCUGACUAAAUCUAUGGAAAUGAAUAUCACUAAAAUGGAAACAGUGAUUGUGCAGAAAAUAACUCAAGUAGAGCUUGAACAAGCCGGUCCUAAACCUGACAAGAAAAUUCCGGCCGCAGUCUCAGAGUCACAAAAACUCACAUCAGAGACUAAAUCCCCAAUAAGUGCAGGGAAAGCUGCAGAGGAAGCUUCAAAGGGUAAGAAGAAAGGAAAAGGGAAAAAGCAGACCCAGGCACCAGCAAAAGACGGCAAAAAUGCAGAGUCUGUCCAUUUGCCCGAGGCCGAAGCAUUGCUGUCCACUGACAUUACAUCAUUGCCAAAGAACACUGUUAAGGACAGCCCUGACAUGGCCUCUGAACUGACGGAGCAGAAUGCUUCCCCAAAGAUGACUCCUGAAAGAAUGUGCAGUGAGGAAACCAGGCAGGCAGCAGCUGUGCUCUCUGAGGCCCCGGCAGACAAAGGGGAGGUGGAGUCAGCUCUGCUCUUUGCUGAAAAAAUCAAGCGGGAGGUUCCGAAACCAAAAACAUCCUCGACUGUGAGGGAAGCACACGCAGCCGGAGAGUUAGCGUCAGCAGCACCAGCGCUAGCAGCAGAGGCAGCUGCAGCUCAGGCACAGGCCAGCCCCCUCGCCCAGCCAGAGGAGCCUCCCAGAGUUGCACAACAUUCAUCCAGUCAGGCAGCAGAGCGCAGCACAGAGAAAAGCCUCUCUGUUUCUCAGGCCUUAAAGCAGGAGGAAGCGAAGAAGGACUUGGAGGAGGACACACCCUCUGCUACUGCCACACCCGCCGCUGCCCGGCCUGACCAGCCUCACCUGGGGGACACCUGUGAUUCUGCAAACUCUGACAUUGACGAGGCCGCCAUGAAGAGGAAAAUUGUAGUGGUGGAAGAGAUAGUUGAGGUGAAGCACCUUGUCGCCGGGGAGCAGUCACCUCCUCCUCCACCUGUGCAACCUGAGGAAGAAGGUGAAGAACUGGACCUGGAUGUUCUGGAAGCAAUUGCCAUAGAGCGGGCACUGUUGUCAGGGGCAGCAGGGGCCAUAGUGCAUGGGGCCUCACCUGAACCAGAUUGGGACCACUCACUGGAUGAGCCAGAGGAAAAGACGUGGCCAAACUUCAUUGAAGAUGAACGAGAUCGAGUACAGAAGAAGACCUUCACAAAAUGGGUGAACAAGCACUUAAUGAAGUCACAGCGUCACGUCACAGACCUGUAUGAAGACCUUCGAGAUGGACAUAACCUGAUCUCGCUGUUGGAGGUUCUCUCUGGGGAAAAACUGCCCAGAGAGAAAGGCCGCAUGCGAUUCCACAAACUGCAGAAUGUACAGAUAGCACUGGAUUUCCUCAAACAUCGGCAGGUCAAGCUGGUCAACAUCAGAAACGAUGACAUCGCAGAUGGAAACCCCAAGCUCACUUUGGGGUUAAUAUGGACCAUCAUCCUUCACUUCCAGAUCUCAGACAUCCAGAUCAAUGGUCAGUCAGAAGACAUGACGGCAAAGGAGAAGCUGCUGCUCUGGUCCCAGAGGAUGACGGACGGCUACCAGGGCAUCCGCUGUGACAACUUCACCACCAGCUGGAGGGACGGCAAGCUCUUCAACGCCGUCAUUCACAAACACUAUCCCCGACUCAUUGACAUGGGCAAAGUGUACCGACAGAACAACAUACAGAACCUGGAACAUGCCUUUGGUGUGGCAGAGAGAGACCUGGGAGUGACACGCCUCCUUGACCCGGAGGAUGUGGAUGUUCCACACCCUGAUGAGAAAUCCAUCAUCACUUACGUGUCAUCCUUGUAUGAUGCCAUGCCGAGGGACGUACAUGAUGGCAGAGGAAGCGAGCUGGAGCUGCGUUGGCAGGAGUACUACGAGCUGGUGACCGUCCUGCAGCAGUGGAUCCGCCACCAUGUCAUGAUCUUCGAGGAGAGGAAGUUCCCCGGCAGCUAUGAGGAGGUCGAGCUUCUUUGGCGCCAGUUCUUGAAGUUCAAAGAGACAGAGCUGCCAGUGAAAGAGACCGACAAGAACCGGUCCAAACACAUCUACCAGUCCUUUGAGAGCGCCGUGCAUGCUGGUCAGGUGAAGGUCCCUCCAGGAUACGAUCCUAUUGAUGUGGAGAAAGAAUGGGGUCGACUUCAUGUGGCCAUCUUGGAAAGAGAACGGCUGCUGAGGAUAGAGUUUGAGAGACUUGAGAGGCUCCAGAGGAUCGUCAAUAAAGUCCAUAUGGAGUCAAGGACGAGUGAUGACCAGCUCAGCCACCUGGAGAACCUGCUGCAGACAGACAUCCGUCUGCUGAACGCAGGGAAACCAGCUCAGCACACUGCAGAAUUAGAGAGAGAGCUGGACAAGGCAGACAACAUGAUUCGCCUUCUCUUUAAUGAUGUGCAAGUGCUCAAGGAUGGGCGCCACCCUCAGGCUGAUGAGAUGUACCGCAGGGUUUACCGCCUCCAUGAGCGCCUUGUGAACCUGCGCACCGAUUACAACCUCCGUCUGAAGACUGUGGUGACUACUUCCAAAGUGAACCUGACGUCAACCUCCCAGCAGCAGAUCAUAAAGGUGCGGCCCGAGUUGGAUGACGUCACCAUUCGCUAUGUCAAAGACCUUCUGGCUUGGGUGGAGGAGAACCAGCAUCGCAUUGAUGCAGCUGAGUGGGGCUCUGAUCUGCCCACUGUGGAGUCCCAGCUGGGCAGCCACAGAGGCCUGCACCAGACUGUAGAGGACUUCAAAUCCAAGAUCGAACGGUCCAGGGCUGAUGAGAGCCAGCUGUCACCUGUCAGCAAGGGUGCUUACAGGGAAUACCUGGGCAAACUGGACCUUCAGUACGGCAAACUACUGAACUCUUCAAAGUCCCGCCUGAGGAACCUGGAUUCACUCCACGGAUUCGUCAGCGCUGCCACAAAGGAGCUGAUGUGGUUAAAUGACAAAGAAGAGGAAGAGGUGAACUUCGACUGGAGUGACAGGAACACCAACAUGACGGCUAAGAAAGACAACUACUCGGGUCUCAUGCGAGAGCUGGAGCUGAGGGAGAAGAAGGUCAAUGACAUCCAGGCCAUGGGAGACAGAUUUGUCAAAGAUGGACAUCCUGGCAAGAAGACAGUUGAGGCCUUCACAGCUGCCCUGCAGACUCAGUGGAGCUGGCUCCUCCAGCUGUGCUGCUGCACUGAGGCUCAUCUCAAAGAAAACACAGCCUACUACCAGUUCUUUGCUGAUAUGAAAGAGGCUCAGGACAGGAUGAAGAAGAUGCAAGACAACAUGAAAAAGAAAUACAGCUGUGAUCGCUCCACUACAGCCACCCGCCUUGAGGAUCUGCUGCAGGAUGCUGUGGAGGAGAAAGAACAGCUGAAUGAAUAUAAGACCCUUGUGACCGGCCUGAACAAGAGAGCCAAAUCCAUCAUCCAGCUGAAACCACGCAACCCCACCACCUCUAUCAAAGGCAAACUGCCCGUCCAGGCUGUCUGUGACUUCAAGCAACAGGAGAUCACUGUGCACAAAGGAGAUGAGUGCGCACUCCUCAACAACUCUCAGCCCUUCAAGUGGAAGGUGCUGAACCGCUCUGGAACCGAGGCAGUGGUCCCCUCCGUCUGCUUCAUGGUGCCUCCGGUCAACAAGGAGGCUGUGGACGGUGUGAACAGCCUGGAUGCAGGUCAUCAGCAGAUGGUGACCAUGUGGCAGACACUCCACAUUAACAUGAAGAGCUUGCUGUCAUGGCAGUACCUGAUGAGAGACUACACACAGAUCCGCUCCUGGAACAUCACCACAUUAAAGAGCAUGAAACCCGAGGAAUACAGGCUGAUCAUGAGAAACCUGGAGCUCCACUACCAGGACUACAUGCGUGACAGCCAGGACUCGCAGCUCUUCGGCCCCGACGACCGCAUGCAGAUCGAGGAGGACUACACCAAGUCCACCCAACAUUUCGACAGCCUGGUUCGCUCCAUGGAGAAAGGUCAGCAGGACGAGACUCUGUGUAAGAACUACAUCUCUGAGCUCAAGGACCUGCGUCUGCGUAUUGAGAACUGUGAGACCGGGACUGUGGCUCGCAUCCGCAGACCCACAGAGAAGGAGCCUCUGAAGGAGUGUAUUCAGAAGACAACAGAGCAGAAGAAAGUCCAGGUGGAACUUGAUGGCCUCAAGAAGGACCUUAAUAAGGUCUCUGUAAAGACACAAGAGGUCUUGGCCUCCCCACAGAAGUCUGCCUCUUAUCCCGUCCUGCGCUCAGAGCUUGACGUCACCGUGCAGAAGAUGGAUCAUGCCCACAUGCUUUCCUCUUUUUAUCUGGACAAGCUGAAGACCGUGGAAAUGGUGAUUCGUAACACUCAGGGUGCUGAGGGAGUUCUCAAGCAGUAUGAGGACUGCCUGCGUGAGGUUCACACUGUGCCCAGUGAUAUCAAGGAAGUGGAGACUUACAGAUCAAAGCUCAAGAAAAUGCGAGCUGAGGCCGAGGGCGAGCAGCCGGUAUUCGACUCUCUGGACGAGGAGCUGAAGAAGGCCUCCACAGUGAGUGACAAGAUGUCCCGCGUGCACAGCGAGCGCGACGCCGAGCUCGACCACUACCGUCAGCUGCAGUCCAGCCUACAGGACCGCUGGAAGGCCAUGUUCACACAGAUGGACCUCCGCCAGAGAGAGCUGGAGCAGCUCGGCCGUCAGCUCGGCUACUACCGCGAGAGCUACGACUGGCUGAUCCGCUGGAUCGGCGACGCCAAGCAGAGGCAGGAGAAGAUUCAGGCCGUGCCCAUCACGGACAGCAAGACUCUGAAAGAACAGCUGACCCAGGAGAAGAAACUUCUUGAGGAGAUCGAGGGCAACAAGGACAACGUUGACGAGUGUCAAAAAUAUGCCAAAGCAUACAUUGAUGCAAUCAAGGACUACGAACUCCAGCUGGUGGCCUACAAAGCCCAGGUGGAGCCUCUUGCUUCUCCAUUGAAGAAAACCAAAAUGGAUUCUGCUUCUGACAACAUCAUUCAGGAGUAUGUAACACUGAGGACCAGGUACAGUGAGCUGAUGACUCUGACUAGUCAGUACAUCAAGUUCAUCACUGACACACAGCGGCGGCUGGACGACGAGGAGAAAGCUGCAGAGAAACUCAAAGCGGAAGAGCAGAAAAAAAUGGCCAAGAUGCAGGCUGAGUUAGACAAACAAAAGCAGUUAGCUGAAGUUCACGCGAAGGCCAUAGCCAAGGCUGAGAAAGAAGCUCAAGAGCUGAAACUCAGAAUGAAGGAAGAAGUAAACAAGCGAGAAGUUGCCGCUGUCGACGCAGAGAAGCAAAAGCAAAACAUCCAGCUUGAACUCCAUGAGCUCAAAAACCUGUCGGAGCAGCAGAUCAAGGACAAGAGUCAACAGGUGGAUGACGCUCUGCAGAGCAGGGUCAAGAUUGAGGAGGAAAUCCGCCUCAUCAGGCUCCAACUUGAUACCACAGUCAAACAAAAGUCUACUACUGAAUCUGAGCUCCAGCAGCUUCGUGACAGAGCAGCUGAAGCUGAGAAACUCAGAAAGGCUGCCCAGGAAGAAGCUGAGAAGCUGCGCAAACAAGUCAAUGAAGAGACGCAGAAAAAGCGCAUGGCAGAGGAGGAGCUCAAACGCAAAUCAGAGGCCGAGAAGGAGGCCUCUCGGCAAAAGCAAAAAGCUCUGGAAGACCUUGAAAACCUGAAGAUGCAGGCGGAGGAGGCGGAGAGGCGGGUUAAGCAGGCAGAAGUCGAGAAGGAGAGACAAAUCAAGCUUGCCUGUGACACGGCACAGAAGAGUGCUGCAGUUGAUCUCCAGAACAAACACCUGUCCUUCGUGGAAAAGACCUCAAAGCUGGAGCAAUCGCUCAAACAAGAGCACGGCACUGUGCUCCAGCUGCAACAGGAAGCGGAGCGUCUCAAGAAGCAACAGGAGGAUGCCGAAAACGCCAGAGAAGAAGCGGAGAAGGAACUUGAGAAAUGGAGACAGAAGGCCAAUGAGGCCCUCCGCUUGAGACUCCAGGCUGAGGAGGAAGCUGACAAGAAGAGCCUCGCUCAAGAAGACGCCGAGAAGCAGAAGGAGGAGGCUGAGCGCGAGGCUAAAAAGAGAGCCAAAGCUGAAGACUCUGCCCUGAAGCAGAAAGAGAUGGCGGAGAAAGAGCUCGAGAGGCAGAGGAAGGUAGCUGAGAGCACGGCUCAGCAGAAGCUCACCGCAGAGCAGGAGCUGAUUCGUCUAAGGGCAGACUUCGACAACGCCGAGCAGCAGCGAUCCCUCCUCGAGGAUGAACUUUACCGCCUUAAGAAUGAGGUCAUUGCAGCUCAACAAGACAGGAAACAGCUGGAGGAUGAACUGGCCAAAGUGAGGAGUGAAAUGGAUGUCCUUGUUCAGCUUAAGUCCAAGGCAGAAAAGGAGACCAUGUCCAACACAGAGAGGAGCAAGCAGCUUCUUGAGGCCGAAGCCACCAAGAUGAGGGAUCUCGCCGACGAAGCGGGCAAGCUCAGAGCCAUUGCAGAGGAGGCGAAGCAUCAGAGACAGAUUGCUGAGGAAGAAGCAGCCCGUCAGAGAGCGGAGGCCGAGAGGAUCCUGAAAGAGAAGCUCUCUGCGAUCAGCGAAGCCACUCGCUUAAAAACAGAGGCUGAAAUCGCCCUGAAGGAAAAGGAGGCGGAAAACGAAAGACUCCGCCGUCAUGCCGAGGAUGAGGCCUACCAAAGGAAGGCUCUCGAAGACCAGGCUAACCAGCACAAGCAGGAUAUUGAGUUGAAGAUAGUCCAACUUAAAAAGUCAUCCGAGGCUGAAAUGGACAGACAGAAAGCGAUCGUGGAUGACACGCUCAAGCAGAGGCGAGUCGUAGAAGAAGAGAUUCGAAUUCUCAAGCUCAACUUUGAAAAGGCUUCGUCUGGAAAACUUGACCUGGAGCUCGAACUGAACAAGCUGAAGAACAUCGCAGAGGAAACUCAACAGAGCAAACUCAGAGCAGAAGAGGAGGCGGAGAAGCUGAGGAAGCUCGCCCUGGAGGAGGAGAAGAGGAGGAGGGAGGCAGAGGAAAAGGUCAAGAAGAUCACCGCUGCAGAGGAAGAGGCAGCCAGACAGCGCAAGGCCGCCCAAGAAGAACUGGAUCGGCUGAAAAAGAAAUCAGAAGAAGCCAGGAAGCAAAAGGAGGAGGCCGACAAGGAAGCAGAAAAACAGAUUGUUGCAGCCCAACAAGCAGCGCUGAAAUGCAGCACUGCUGAGCAGCAAGUCCAAAGUGUCCUUGCUCAACAGAAGGAAGACACAAUGAUGCAGGAGAGCCUUAAGGCAGAGUAUGAGAAAGCCAAGAAACUAGCCAAAGAGGCCGAGGCUGCUCGGGAGAAGGCAGAGAGGGAGGCUGCUCUCUUUCGCCAACAAGCAGAGGAAGCAGAGCGUCAAAGGUCAGCUGCUGAGCAAGAAGCAUCAGUCCAAGCCAAAGCUCAGGAGGACGCUGAGAGGCUGAGGAAGGAGGCUGAAUUUGAAGCUGCUAAACGAGCACAAGCAGAAGCUGCGGCACUCAAGCAGAAGCAACAAGCCGAUGCUGAUAUGGCGAAACACAAAAAAUUGGCAGAGCAAACAUUAAAACAGAAGUUCCAAGUGGAACAAGAGCUCACAAAGGUUAAACUGAAGCUUGAUGAGACCGAUAAACAGAAAUCCGUCCUGGAUGAUGAGCUGCAGCGCUUGAAGGACGAGGUCGAUGACGCCGUCAAACAAAGGGCCCAGGUCGAAGAGGAGCUGUUUAAAGUUAAGGUUCAGAUGGAGGAGCUUCUCAAACUGAAAAUCAAAAUGGAGGAGGAAAAUCAACGCCUGAUCAAGAAAGACAAAGACAACACUCAAAUGUUCCUUGCAAAAGAGGCAGACAGCAUGAAAAAGCUUGCUGAAGAUGCAGCUCGACUAAGUGUAGAGGCCCAGGAGGCUGCGCGCCUCAGACAGGUUGCAGAAGACGACCUGAAUCAGCAACGAGCUCUCGCAGAUAAAAUGCUGAAGGAGAAAAUGCAGGCCAUACAAGAGGCAUCCAAACUUAGAGCUGAGGCAGAGAUGCUCCAAAGGCAGAAGGACUUGGCUCAAGAGCAGGCACAAAAGCUGAUGGAGGACAAACAAUUAAUGCAACAGCGUCUGGAGGAGGAAACAGAGGAAUACCAGAAGUCACUUGAGGCAGAGAGGAAAAGACAGUUAGAGAUCAUAGCAGAGGCUGAAAGACUCAAACUUCAAGUUUCUCAGCUCAGUGAAGCACAGGCCAAAGCGGAACAAGAAGCUAAAAAGUUCAAGAAACAAGCCGAUAACAUCGCUUCUGUUCUGUAUGAGACUGAGAAAGCCACCCAGGAAAGAAUGACUGUGGUGGAAAAACUGGAGGUCGACAGACAAAAUACCAGCAAAGAGGCCGACGGUUUACGCAAAGCUAUUGCAGACCUAGAAAAGGAGAAGGCUAGACUGAAAAAGGAGGCUGAAGAACUGCAAAAUAAGUCAAAAGAGGUGGCUGAUGCACAGCAGAAACAAAUUGAACAUGAGAAGACAGUCCUGCAACAGACCUUCCUGACAGAAAAGGAGAUGCUGUUAAAGAAGGAGAAAUUAAUUGAAGAUGAGAAAAAGAAGCUGGAGAGCCAGUUUGAAGAGGAACUCAAAAAGGCUAAAGCUCUCAAAGAUGAACAAGAACGCCAGAGACGGCAGAUGGAGGAGGAGAAGAAGAAACUCAAGGCUACCAUGGAUGCAGCCCUCAACAAACAAAAAGAGGCUGAAAAAGAGAUGCUUAACAAGCAAAAAGAAAUGCAAGAGCUGGAGAAGAAGAGACUAGAGCAGGAAAGGGUUCUUGCAGAAGAGAACCAGAAAUUGCGUGAUCAGCUCCAACAGCUUGAGGACGCAAAGAAAGACCAAAACACCAACAUUCCAGGCAAAGAGCUCAUCCAAGUAACAUCGGUUAUGACAACCAAGACUGUUUACAACGGCCAAAAUGCUGGUGAUUUGGCAGACGGUGCAGAGAAGAAACCAGAUCCCCUAUCAUUUGAUGGUAUCCGUGAAAAGGUACCUGCCAGUAGACUUCAUGAGCUCGGCCUUUUACCCAAGAAGGAGUUUGACAAGCUGAAAAAUGGCAAAACCACUGUGCAAAAGCUUGGUGAGACUGAAAAUCUAAAAAGAACCCUUAAAGGUAAAAAUUGCAUUGCUGGUGUUUUGACGCCAUCCAAACAAAAGAUGUCAAUCUACCAAGCGUCAAAAGAAAAGAAGAUUACUCCAGGCACAGCCAUGAUACUACUGGAAGCACAGGCAGCAACAGGUUACAUCAUAGACCCAAUUAAGGAUCAGAAACUUACUGUUAAUGAGGCUGUCAAGGAAGGUGUGAUUGGCCCUGAACUGCACAAUAAAAUGCUUCUAGCUGAGAGGGCAGUUAUUGGCUACAAAGAUCCAUACACUGGUGGGAAGAUCUCUGUCUGUGAAGCUAUGAAGAAGGGUCUGAUAGAGCAUGAUCAUGCCAUCAGAAUCCUUGAGGCUCAGCUCGCUACUGGUGGCGUCAUUGAUCCUAUCAAUAGUCACCGUGUACCCAAUGAAAUAGCCUAUAAACAGGGACACUAUGAUGCUGAAAUGAACAAGAUUAUGGAGAAGCCUACAGAUGAUACAAAGGGAUACUUUGAUCCCAGCACUCAGGAACCUUUGACAUAUUCUGAGCUCAUGACUAGAUGCGUAGCUGACCCUGAUACCAGUCUGCUACUCCUGCCUAUAACAGACAAAGCUGCCCAGUGCUCAAGUAUGUACACAGAGGAGGAGACAAAGGAUGUAUUCAGCAAAACCACUGUGUCUGUGCCAUUUGGAAAGUUUAAGGGAAAGACUGUCACCAUUUGGGAAAUCAUCAAUUCUGAGUACUUCACUGAAGACCAAAAGAAGGACCUUCUUCGUCAGUACAAGACAGGCAAAAUCACAAUAGAAAAAAUCAUAAAGAUUGUGAUUACUGUGGCAGAGGACAAAGAGAAGAAGAAUGAAAUCACCUUUGACGGUCUGAGAGCACCUGUGCCUGCCACUGAGCUCCUGGAGUCCAAAAUCAUUGAUAAAGACCUGUACAAUAAAUUGCACAAGGGAAAUAAAACAGUCAAAGAGGUGUCUGAAAUGGAACCCGUCCACAAAGCACUAAAGGGUACAAAAGGCAUUGCAGGUGUAGUCAUUGACUCAUCCAAGGAGACCAUGUCAUUUUACCAAGCUAUGAAAAAAGACAUGAUGAGGGCAGGACCUGCCUUAAAUAUGCUUGAAGCCCAAGCAGGUACAGCCUACAUGGUUGACCCUGUUAACAAUCAGAAGUACACUGUUGAUGAAGCUGUCAAAGCAGGUGUUGUUGGUCCUGAGCUGCAUGAGAAACUCCUGUCAGCAGAAAGAGCUGUUACAGGCUACAAAGAUCCUUACACAGGAAAAACUGUAUCUCUGUUCCAGGCAAUGAAAAAAGAUCUUAUUCCUAAAGAUCAAGGAAUUCGACUGCUCGAUGCCCAAACAACCACAGGAGGCAUUAUUGAUCCUGUAAAAAGCCUUCGCAUUCCUCAUGAUGUGGCAUGCAAGAGAAAUUACUUUGAUGAUGAAAUGAAACAGCUUCUCAGCAGUCCAACAGAUGAAACUAAAUGCUUUAUUGACCCCAACAAAAAAGAAAAUGUCACUUACGCAGAGCUCUUCAAGAGAUGUGUCACUGACAAGAAAACUGGUCUCCUGCUGCUGCCUCUUUCUGAUGAAGCAAUCAGUGCAAAGGAGGAGCCGACCUACACUGAGGCUCAGACUAAAGAGGCAAUGAAUCAGGCGACUGUCGAACUUGACUCUGGACCAUUUAAGGGCAGGAAGAUGACCAUUUGGGAAAUCCUCAACUCUGAUUAUCUCACUGAGGAACAAAGGCUUGACUUGCUAAGACAAUUUAGGUCAGGAAAGCUUACAAUUGAAAGAAUAAUCAAAAUUGUUAUCACAGUUGUAAAUGAGAAAGAAGCCAAGAAACAGGAACAGUCCAGCUUCAAGGGACUUAGAUCUCCUGUCCCAGCUAGCGUUCUGUAUGAUUCCAAAAUCAUUGACAAGCCAACCUUUGAACUCCUGCAGCAAGGCAAAACAACACCUAAAAAGGUCAGCGAGAAUCCCAAUGUCAAUAAAUACCUGCAAGGCUCUGAAAGCAUUGCUGGCAUCUACCUAGAGCCCACGAAAGAGACAAUAAGCAUUUAUCAGGCUAUGAAGAAAAAGCUCCUGAGACACAACACAGGUCUUUCACUGUUAGAGGCCCAGGCUGCCACUGGCUUCAUUGUAGAUCCAGUGAAGAAUCAAUGCGUGUCAGUAGAUGAGGCAGUGAAGUCAGGCCUUGUUGGCCCGGAGCUACAUGAAAAACUCCUCUCUGCAGAAAAGGCUGUCACUGGCUAUAAAGACCCAUUCACAGGCAACAAAAUCUCCCUUUAUGAAGCAAUGCAAAAAGAUCUCAUCUUAAAAGAGCAUGCCAUGCCACUCUUGGAAGCACAGAUGGUUAGUGGAGGAAUCAUUGACCCUGCAAAUAGCCACCGUGUCCCUACUGAUGUGGCAUAUCAGAAGAACAUUUUGACCAAGAAAAUGGCCAAAACCCUAUCUGAACCAUCUGAUGAUCACAAGGCUUUCUCAGAUCCAGCGUCUGAUGAGAGUGUGACCUACAGACAGCUUAAAGACAAGUGCCAAAAAGAUCCAGAGACCGGCCUGUACAUCCUUCCACUCUCAAAGCCUCAGUCUCCAACUGUUGUGGAGAAGACAUACCUCUACACAGAGGAACAAACACAGAGUGAUCUGACCAACACCCAAAUUGACAUUCCAAUUGAGGGUCUUGCUAACCAAUCAACGAACCUCUGGGACAUCAUGAACUCAAAUUUGCUUCCAGAGCAGGAGAGGCAGAAACUCAUGGAUGAAUAUCGCUCUGGAAACAUCACUAAAGAGCGGAUGAUAAUCAUUAUUAUCGAGAUCAUGGAGCAGAGAGAGGUCAUCAAAAAUGACCCAAUGUCAUGUAAAACUAUAAGGAGAAGAAUAACUGUUGAUGAGCUCUACAAUGCUCGCAUUAUUGACUUGGAAACAUACAACCUCCUCAAACAGGGCAAGAGGGACAUCCGUGACAUAAUGGAGUUGACCAGUGUGAAACAGUAUCUCUACGGCACAGGCUGUGUUGCUGGGGUCACAACUGACUCAAGCACCAAGAUAAGCAUAUACCAAGCAAUGAAGAGAGGUUUCCUUAAACCAGAAGUUGCUCUCAGCCUCCUAGAAACUCAAGCUGCCACAGGUUUCCUCGUUGAUCCAGUAAAAAAUGAAACACUCACAGUUGAUGAAGCUGUUCGUAAGGGUGUUGUUGGCCCUGAGAUCCACGAUAAGCUUCUUUCAGCUGAGAGGGCAGUCACAGGAUACAAAGACCCAUACAGUGGGAAAAUCAUAUCUCUAUUCCAGGCCAUGAAAAAGGAUCUUGUUCCAGAGGAUUAUGCUCUGAAAAUGUUAGAGGCACAAACAUCCACUGGUGGUAUUAUUGAUCCUGAAUUCCAGUUCCACCUGCCUGCGGACAUUGCCAUGCAAAGAGGUUAUAUCAACAAGGAAACCAAUGAGAGGCUGACCGAUGAUGUCAAGGGAUUUGUUGAUCCUGUUACUGACGAAAAACUGUCUUACGCAGAACUGCUCAAAAUAUGCAAGGUUGAAGGAGGAUUGCGCCUGUUGUCCCUGGGAGACAAGAGGCUGAUGUUCAAGGGUCUGAGGAAACCGAUCACAUUGGAGGAGAUGCUCCGCUCACAAAUUAUCGACCAGCAAACUGUCACUGAACUGAAUGAAGGUCUAGUUACAGUGGAGGAGGUUAGUGAUAGACUAUCAAGAUACCUUGUGGGCACAAGCUGUAUUGCUGGUGUAUUCUUAGAGUCCACAAAGGAACGUCUAUCAAUUUACCAGGCCAUGAAAAAGAACAUGAUUAGGCCAGGCACAGCAUUUGAACUUCUCGAAUCCCAAGCAUCCACAGGGUAUGUCAUUGAUCCAAUCAAAAACCUCAAACUAACUGUCAGUGAAGCAGUGAGAAUGGGAAUUGUAGGACCUGAGUUUAAAGACAAGCUCCUCUCUGCUGAGCGUGCAGUGACAGGAUACAGAGAUCCUUAUUCAGGCAAAACCAUCUCCUUGUUCCAGGCCAUGAAGAAGGGGCUCAUCCUGAAAGACCAUGGUAUCCGACUUUUGGAGGCCCAGAUUGCCACUGGUGGUAUCAUUGACCCAGAGGAAAGUCAUCGUCUGCCAGUUGAGGUAGCCUACAAACGUGGCUUCUUUGAUGAGGAAAUGAAUGAGAUCCUGACAGAUCCAUCUGAUGACACCAAAGGCUUCUUUGAUCCCAACACUGAGGAAAAUCUAACCUACCUCCAGCUCAUGGAGAGGUGCAUCACUGAUCCUGACACAGGCCUGGUGCUCCUGCUACUGAAAGAAAAGAAGCGGGAAAGGAAGACCUCCUCCAAGUCCUCAGUUCGUAAACGCAGAGUUGUCAUUGUAGACCCAGAGACAGGGAAAGAAAUGACUGUGUAUGAGGCCUACAGGAAGGGGCUCAUUGACCAUCAAACCUACCUGGAGCUUGCUGAGCAAGAGUGUGAAUGGGAAGAGAUCACAAUGACCUCCUCUGACGGUACUGUCAAAUCCAUCAUUAUUGACAGGCGGUCAGGGAGACAAUAUGAUGUUGAUGAUGCUCUUGCACGUGGCCUUAUUGACCAGAAUGCUCUUGAUACAUACCGCUCUGGAAACCUGGCCAUUACAGAAUUUGCUGACAUGCUUUCUGGAAACACCGGAGGCUUCCGCUCACGCUCAUCCUCCUUUGGUUCCACUGCUGGUUCCACAACUGCUUCUACUUACUCUUCUUCCAUGAGCCCCAUACCCUCCAUUAAACCACCUGCAGUCAUAUGGAAUGAUCCAGUAGAGGAAACUGGUCCCAUAGCUGGAAUCUUAGACAUAGACACCCUGGAGAAGGUGUCUAUCACUGAGGCCAUUCACAGAAACUUGGUAGACAACAUCUCAGGCCAAAGACUGUUGGAGGCCCAAGCCUGCACAGGCGGAAUAAUUGACCCCACAACUGGGGAAAGAUUUGCAGUUGCUGAUGCCACAGAAAAAGGCCUAGUGGAUAAAAUCAUGGUUGAUCGCCUCAACCUGGCCCAAAAAGCAUUUAAUGGAUUCGAAGACCCCAAAACAAAAGUAAAGAUGUCUGCAUCCCAAGCUUUAAAGAAAGGCUGGUUGUACUAUGAGGCUGGGCAACGUUUCCUUGAGAUCCAAUAUCUGACUGGUGGACUUAUUGAGCCUGAUGUUGAAAACAGAGUGCCACUAGAUGAAUCCAUAAAGAAGGGCUCAAUUGAUGCCCGAACUGCCCAGAAAUUAAGAGAUGUGAAUUCAUAUUCUAAAUACCUAACGUGCCCAAAGACCAAACUAAAAAUCUCCUACAAAGAUGCCAUGGACAAAAGCAUGGUUGAGGAAGGAACCAGUCUAAGGCUUCUGGAGGCCUCCUCACAGUCUAGCAAAGGCCUCUACAGUCCCUACAAUGCAAGUGGUCCUGGAUCUGCCUAUGGAUCACGGACUGGCUCAAGGACUGGCUCCCGAACAGGCUCUAGGAGAGGCAGUAUCGAUGCUGGCUCUGGCUUCAGCAUGAAUUUCUCAUCGUCCUCCUUCACUUCCUCUUCAUCUGGCUACGGCCGCAGAUUCUAGUUAGCUAGUACUGUUCCUAACAACUUUUCACUAAGACCCAAAAAUAAAUAGUAACAUUAACAAAGAAUAUAUAAUUUAUUUAUUCUGCCCUAGAAAUGGUCACACAGAUUUACCAAUCAUACAGAUUUUUUUUCAUAUAUAAAUGAUGUCUAAACAUUUAUGAAAACAUAACAAGCAUUUAGAUAUAUAAGAUAUUUUUUUCUUUAGUACAGAUCACAAAGUUAAUAUUUUACAAAGCAAAGCAUGACAUUUCUGCUAUUUCUUAAAGUGACCUUAUAGUUUCCAUUUCACACUUGUGAAAAAAGUUGUACACUUGUGCCUUCUAAAACUAAUAUAUACUGUAUGUAUGUCAAAUGGAAAUAUUUUUUGAUAACUAUUUCCUUUGAAAUCCAAAAACAUUUGUCAGUUUUACCAUUUAUCCCAGUCCUACUUAAUGAGAUACUGUUUGUGUUAACUCCGUGUUUUUAAGAGGUUAAAAAAAAGAAUUAGAUUCUUCAAAUAUCUUUUUCUAUGUAAAGAUUAUGAACAUACUUGUUCUUUUUUUUCAAAUUAGCUGUGGCCUCAUCAUCAUAUCAUACCCACUAAGAAUACACAAUUUUGACACUACUAAAGGAGACACUACAGGAGAACACAAAUAUCAAGUGUCGGAAAUGAAAAUAUGCAGACUUUUCUGAAAACAAUUUGAUUUUUUGUACUUUGAAUAUCUUAUCUAGUGGACUUUCGCAUCCUUUGACUUCAUUAAUCCAUUGUUUUACACACUCCAAUUUUUGGAAUCUUUAUAUUCACCAUUUUUUAAGUGUCCCCUUUAAAUCCCAAGAUGAUGUCAGAAUUGAUCCUGAUCUACCAUACAGACCUGCUGCCUGUUAUUUUGGUUCUUCUGCCUCAGUCCCUCAAUAUGAUACACACAGAUCCUCAGCUGGUUGGAGAAAACAAUCCCUUCAAUUUGGAUGGUUUAGGGAGUCCAUGUCACCCUCAUCCAGUUAGACAGAUCUGCCUUGUCCUUUCUUCCAUUGCACAUCAUAUUUGAAGAAAACUGAGGCUGAGUCAACCUGACGCCAUCUUGGGAUACUUUUUAGGAACACCUCUCAUUCUUGAAGUUAUUUUCAUAUUUAUUUUUUUUGCAUGCUAAUCGUGCUGUUUAUGCUGUUAUAUCCUGACUUUUUUUUAGAGAAGACUCAGAAAGCAUACACACAGCAUCAGUCAUUUUAAUUUAAUUGGGAUUACAGUAGUAUGUUGUAAUAGAACAGCAUGUCUUCAUAAAACUGAACCUGAGUCCACUGAGUAUAUUUUUGUAUUUUCUCUCUGUAAAUUUAAAGCAACCAAAGUGCUAAUAAGAUACAUUUGGUAUUUAAACUAUUUGAUACAGCACAACAUUGCGUGAAUGUAUGUUUUCUUUUUGUUCAUUUGCUCAUUUCAGUUGAAAUUUUGUCACAUAUUUCUUUUGCAUUGAAGCCUUUUUAGCCUACAGCUAUAUUUCCCACUACAAGUGUUUCUGUUAUGUAUCUCUCAAAUGUUUUACUUCUGUAAAUGUCUUCAAUUUGUUUUUUUAUUUGCUAUGCAUGUUUUACAUUUAUAAAGGAUACUGGGGAAAUAUGUUAGUGUAAAAUAACACAAGAAACUGCAGAUAUCACUGUGCUGAUUUUGAAUUUGACAUAUAGAAGUUCACAAACUAACUGGUCCGCUUUGCUUAUGAGACCGAUAUUGCUUUGAAUGAUGUGGUGAGUGGAUUCUGAUGACUUUCUGAAAAUAACACUAUGUUGUAAAUAAAUAUGCUCUAAAGAGA